CAACGCUACCUAAAAAUCAGACGUAAUAAAAUAAAUGCAUUUGAAUGGAUGAAAAUAUUGAUGUUACGCCACAGCCAAGACGUCGUUUGGGAUUAAGAUUAGUUAGAAAAGCCAAUUCGACGCCUGGACUUCGUCAACAAAUAAAACAACCGGCUGCAACACCACAAUCCACUGACAAUAAAGAAAAGUCCUCUGAUGCUAUUGAAACUCCACGUGCGCUGCCGCUGCAGCUGAAGGCAAACUCAACCAUUUGUCGACGUCCUGGCUUGGCACGCAAGCGCAAAGAUCUGACUAAGAAGAGACUGGAAUUCGCCGUUGCUGAGAAGCCUGUGGAGAGGCCUAAGACACCGGAGCAGGAACCGCCUGCAGAAACCACAAAACCCCAGCUUAACACCUGGAGAGAGCGUCAAAUUAUUGAACUGGAAGCCGACAUAGAUACAUGGAGAAAUGGCUUCAUUGCUGCAAUGGAUGAUCUACAGAAGUUGGUGGAGCCUAGAGUUACCAAACAAACGUUGCUCGCUCAAUUAGGCAUACCUCUAGAAAUGCUUAAAUACUUGGAUGAAGACUGACUGAUACACCAAAUUACAUACAAUUAGUAUUAAAAUGUAUUUCGGUAAACAAAACAAAACGAAAAUCGU